AUUUUCUGUAACCUCUCUCUCCUCUUCUUUACCCUAAAUCCUCUAAUACAAAUUUGUAAAUCCACAAGUGAAUUGGAUCAUAUUGUUAGUCUUUCCGAUUUACUGGUGAAGAUGAAGAUAAAUUAGGGCUCAAAUUGAAGCUUAAAGUUGGAUGCAGAGAUGUCUGUUGCAGAGCUAAAAGAGAGGCACACGGCUGCUACAGAAACUCUGAAUUCUCUCAAGGAACGACUAAGAGAACGACGACUUCAACUUCUCGAUACAGACGUGGCGAGUUAUGCAAGAGCGCAAGGUAAGACUGCGGUUGCUCUCGGCCCAACGGAUCUCGUUUGUUGUCGGAUUUUACAGGGACAUACCGGCAAGGUGUAUUCACUUGACUGGACUCCUGAAAAGAAUCGUAUAGUAAGUGCAUCCCAAGAUGGAAGAUUAAUAGUUUGGAAUGCUCUGACAAGUCAAAAAACCCAUGCGAUUAAACUCCCAUGUGCAUGGGUAAUGGCAUGUGCUUUUUCUCCAAAUGGACAAUCAGUUGCAUGUGGUGGACUUGAUAGUUAUGUUCCAGAUGAUGAUACUCGUUUAAUAACUGGUUCUGGUGAUCAGACAUGUGUAUUAUGGGAUAUAACUACAGGAUUAAGGACUUCUGUGUUUGGAGGAGAGUUUCAAUCAGGACAUACUGCUGAUGUUGUCAGUGUAUCAAUCAACGGGUCAAACUCAAGAAUGUUUGUUUCGGGUUCUUGUGAUGCAACUGCCCGUCUUUGGGACACUCGGGUAGCAAGUCGGGCAGUUAGAACAUUUCAGGGGCACCAAGGGGAUGUUAAUUCAGUGAAGUUUUUCCCAGAUGGAAAUCGGUUUGGAACUGGAUCAGAUGAUGGAACCUGUAGACUUUUUGACAUCAGAACUGGACACCAGCUUCAAGUCUACACUCACCCACUGCAUGAUAAUAAUAACAACAACACCCCUGACGUCACCUCCAUUUCAUUCUCCAUAUCAGGUCGCCUGCUCUUUGCUAGCUACUCUAAUGGUGAUUGCUUCGUAUGGGAUACUCUUUUGGCUGAGGUGGUUUUAAAUCUUGGAACACUCCAGAACUCACAUGAGGCUCGUGUCAGCUGUCUGGGUUUGUCUGCUGAUGGGAGUGCCUUGUGCACAGGAAGUUGGGAUACCAGUCUUAAGAUAUGGGCUUUCGGUGGGCACAGGACAGUGAUCUGAUCUGAGUGAAUAAUGGUGGUAAGUUGGUAACUGGCGACUCACUCUGAUUUGCAUAUUUUUACUCAUGUACCCAUUUUACAUUUUACAUUUUAUUUAACGGACCAUGUGGAAAUUGGAAUGAACAUAAACUAGUCGGGUGG